AAUCAACUUUUCCUUUUCUUCCCUCAACGUCGUCGUCGUCGCCUCGCCUUCUCUUUCAUCCUCUUAUAUUCACUCUUUAUAGGGGAACACUCUUUCUACCUCUUUCAUUCACCAAUGGUCUCCUCUCUCCUCUCCCUCGUCGCCGUCGCCCUCGUACCCUCUUUCGUCUCGGCCCACGGUCAACUCCGCAAGGUCACAAUCGGAGGCACCUCUUACGAUGCCCCCGACCUCUACUUCGAUGGGUCGCCUCGUAACGGGAACACCCCCGUCCGAAAAGGUUACAAAGCCGAUUCCCCGUCGUACCUCCUACCAGGAGACUUUUCAAACGACAAUAAAAUGGCUUGUCAAGAAGCAGGCGCCGCUCCUGCUGUUGCUUCUGCCAACCCUGGUGAUACAGUCGUGUGGUCCUGGGAAGGGGCUACCCCCGAAUUGACCAACGCAGGUUUCCCCGGCGACGGCCAGUAUAGUUGGGUACAUGCUAUGGGCCCCAUUAUGACGUAUAUUGGAAGCUGCAACGGGGACUGCAAGUCGGUUGAUGCCAGCCAGAUUGGAUGGCAGAAGAUUGAUUUCAAGGGUUUGGCACCCGGGGGCAUCACCGACCAGCUUAAGAAUGCGAUGCAGAACAAGCCUGAACCUUACCAGAGUCAGGGAUCUUGGGCUUUGGCUGAGCUGAUCGAGAGCAACUCUCAGUACCAGUCUCAUAUUCCUCAGGGUCUGAAGUCUGGACAAUACAUGCUGCGCUCAGAGCUCUCUGCCGUCCACAACCCCAAGAACGACAACCCCACUACUGGUCCUCAGAACUACGUCGCAUGCCUUCAGAUCGAAAUCAAGAAUGGUGGAAACGUCGAGUUACCGUAUGGUACCAAGGCUGGAUCGCUCUACCCAACCAACGGCGAUCUUGCCAACUACAAUGUCUUCAACAGCCCCGCUUCGUUCCCCGAGGUUGGCCCUGCCCAGUGGGAUGGUGCCUCUGGUUCUAGCACCAGCAACCAGGGCAAUACCCAGCAGAACCAAGGUAAUGACAAUUCCAACAACGGUCAGGGUAACCAGGGCCAGAGCAGCGGUGACAACACCAACACCGGCAACACCAACCAGGGCGGCGACAACUCUAACCAGGGUGGCGACAGCUCUAACCAGGGUGGCGACAACUCCAACCAGGGUGGCGACAACUCCAACCAAGGCGGUUACAACACCGGUGACUCCAACAACGGUCAACAGAACCAGGAUGGUGGCAACUCGGACAGCAGCACUGACGCUACCAAUGCUAACCAAGGCCAGAACCAGGACAGUGGCAACUCUUCCAGUACCCCUCCCAGCAGUGGAAAGACCUGCCGUCGUCGUACCAAACGUUCCUCUGUUCCCAAGGUUGCUAGGAGUUUGCAUAUGGCUCGUGCAAAGAGGCAUCAUUAA